CCAAUCACAACUAUAUCUACUGUCUGCGGUGUUGUAAGCCACAGGAUGACAUUUAUGUUCACUUGGCCUACAAGUGCAUGAAAAACUACACACGUCAGGAGAUUGAUGUCGAGGUGCAGCAAGCCAAGGCAUCAACCAAACAAUGGCUGCGGGAUGGCCGUUGCUGGGACUAUCUGGACCUCGUCGAGAACAUCCCCCACGGGCCCUGCCGUAUACGUCUUGUGAAGAAGCUCAUAGAGCGGGGCUUUUUCAUCCUCAACAAACCACAUGAGUCAGACAUGGUCCUGGAACCCGCAGAUGCCGCCUCGACCUCUACAGCCACUGAUGCUCCAGGCACAUCCAACUCGGCAGGUGGGUGGUGCUGCCCACCAACUCUAUGUAAAAAGGAACGGAGAAGCUCUGACUCCGACUCCGACAAUGAUACCAGUGAUCCUUCCUGGAAAAAAGAUCCUUCCAUCACCUCUACAUCUGUGAAGAUUGAAAAGAAGGAGCCAUUCAGCGAGACUGCUGUCCUCCUCGUUGACUUUAAAAACUACCUGUGUGAUACCCUGGGUGUUCCAAAUUGGCAACGAGAGGUGGACAACGUGUUGCGCUUCCUUCGGUACCUGCAGCCGACCGGGAAUGAGCCGACACUGGAGUUCUUGAUUAAAAUCCUAGAGACUCGAGAUUCCAUCAGUAGUCUGCGGCGCACAGACAGGUCUGCAUCAACCAUCCUUCACGACCUGGAGAAUGAGAUCACCUUUGUUAAUUACCUGGACACUAGGCGGGAUCUCACAACAACACAGUUCAUGACCACCCAAGAUGAACUGCAGCAAUACAAAGAGUUCCUGCGGAAAAUUAUAGAGUUAUUGACCGGGCCCGAACAGAGAGAAAGAAUGACGGGAGGCACAGAGCGUGUCAGAGUUUACCAUGGGCUUUCAAGAGUGGAGAAUUUGCACAUAGCGAAUGUAAAGUUAAACGCCUUCCUCCGUGUGUUCCCCGUGACCAAAGAUGGCCAGCCGCCGUGUAAAAGAGCUAGGCUCCAGGCCGGCUUUUCUGGAGGCAAGAAACACUAUGACAAGUGGCGAGCUCUUCAAUUUGCUAAACGACAGAACCAUCUUCAGUCUCACUUUGUUCUAAAGAAACCAACCAAGCGGCAAGCGGAGAGGGUGUUGAAAAAGGAGGGCUGGACAAUGAAUUGUCCAAAGGCGAUGGAUAUUGUGAAGAACUGGAAACCAUCCCCCAGAUUGAUGCUGGAGACAGACCCAAGAAUCAGCACACAUGUUACUCACCAGGACUGGAGAGGGCUGGUGAUCAAAAAAUUCUUGGGAGGAACACGGCUGGGUGUGGCUACAAAGGAGCACUUCUACAAAGGUGACAUCGUCUGCGACUAUCACGGGAAGCUGAUCACAGCCGAGGAGGGGGAAACCAUGAUGAAAGAGCAAAACAUCCAUCCCGGCUUGCUCUUCUUUUUUAAGGUUGGUGGGAAGCAUCUAUGCAUCGAUGCGCAUGCCUCCCCCUGUGAGUGCCACCCUGAAAUGGAAACAUUCGGCCGGCAAAUUAAUCAUUCGAGGAAGCAGCCUAAUCUCAAAGCCAAGCAACGCACAGUGAUUGUGGAUGGCCGGAAGCAACACACCGUCCUCUUCAAGGCCGUAAAGGACAUUGGUGUCGGUGAAGAAAUCCUUUUUGAUUAUAGCGGCGGAAACUUGCUUCAGGGUGAAGGACGGGACAUGGAGUAUUAGGACAGAAUAUCUCUGUACUGUGUAAAUAGUUUGAUCUUAAUUCUCUUUUCGAUAAGGAUCGAAAACUUAAUUUUGAAUGAAGCAUGUGAUCCGUGCAAAGUUAGAUGCAAUAAUAACGACAUUAAUGAUAAUCAUCACCAGCAUCAUCCAAUCUAAUAAUCAUAACCUUGAUCUUUAAAGUCUAAAUGGCUGUUUUAUGCAACACUUGUAACCCUGUU